AAAAAUACAAAAAGUUAAAAAACGAGAGAGAGGGGGAGAGAGCGACCCGGCGUCCGAUUAAUCGCUUCUCACUCGAGAACACGAGAUACGUGGAUUCAUCUCCCGUGUCUGCAACAGCAGAGCUCGGGUUGCAGUCUUAGACUUCGGAAUUGUCGGAUCCUUCGUCCUCCAGGGAUGGAUCGCGUGGGGAGUGGCGUGCCCCCAUCGUCAUCAUCGUCGUUGCAGCGCCAGGCCAGCUCGACGCUGGCCAGGGCGCUGAGUGGGAAGACGGUUGAGGAGGUGUGGAAGGAUAUCCAACAGGGGCAGAAGAAGAGGAGCGGUUCGGAGGUGAGGAGUCAGGGUGGGGACCAGACCCUCAGCGAGAUGACUCUAGAGGAUUUCUUGGUGCAAGCUGGGCUAUUUGCUGAUGCUUAUUUGGGUCCUUCAAUGGAUCUAAACCUCUCGGAGCUGGCAACUCCCCAGAGUGUUACACCGCCGCUUGGUUUAUCUCCAGCACCUUCGACAGGCCUGUUAUCGGAUACGUCAGUGCCCAGGCGGAAAAGGGGUGACCCAGUUGUAUAUGAAAGGACACUUGAAAGGAGGUUGAAGAGAAAGAUCAAGAACAGAGAGUCAGCUGCACGUUCACGAGCUAGAAAGCAGGCUUACCAAAAUGAGCUGGUGAGCAAGGUUUCACAUCUAGAAGAGGAGAACAUAAAGCUAAAGAAAGAGAAGGUAAAUCUGGUCUUAAUGCUUGGUCUGCGAGGGCUAGUACAAUCGUGUAGAAAGAAGUUAUGCACUGUCUGACUACUUGUUUCUGUAAGACAAGGAAUUCGAGACCAAGUUUCAAAACGAAGUGUUAUCAGAACCAAAAUAUCAGCUUCGCAGAAGCAGUUCGGCCUCCUUUUAAUUCCCCUAUUCGGUCCAUUUCCUCCGCACGGGCACCUAAGCAGCGGCGUCCUCCAACCGUCCGGUGGCUGCGGCUACUUUACUCGAGCAGCUCAUUCUGCAGACGCCCCUCCCCACCUCGUCUAUUCCUAGAGUGAGUUCUUGUGUACAUUUGCUAGUUAACUUAUCGUAGAGGUGUAUAACACUAUAAGGCAUCAAAGAAGCCAUGUCUAUAAAAAUCUAGGCUCUGUAUGUUUCAGACUGAUGAAAGCAGUAGGAAAGGGAAGUGAAAUUUAUUGGCCUUGGCACGUUGCUUUUGUAUUAA